AUGCAUGAUAAAUUACAGGCAUUACGUGUGAAUAAUACUUGGAAUCUUAUCCCUUGUGAGGCUACUGUGUCUAUCAUUGCUUGUCAAUGGGUUUUCAAAAUCAAGCUCAAAGCUAAUGGCACUCUAGAUAUGCCGAAAGAUUGUGUAGUUGCUAAAGGUUUUAAUCAAGAAGAUGGCAUCAACUAUCAUGAGACAUUCUCUCCAGUUAUCAAACCAAGUAUAAUCUUGAUUGUCAUCACACUUGCUCUGAUCAAUUAUUGGAGUAUUAGUCAAUUAGAUGUCAAGAAUGCUUUUCUUCAUAGUGACCUCUAUGAAUCUUUUUUCAUGGAACAACUCUCAGGAAUUGCAUACAAAACACACGAAUUCCCCUCCCUUGCUGCAGAGCACCAAAGCACCAAGCACUCAACUGAUAGCAGCUCCAUAGCACCCAAAGCCCAAAACUGA